CCUUCGACCUCUACAUCCCCGACCUCCUCUUCUUCGGCGAUUCGACCACCGCCGCUUCGGACCGCUCCGUCGAGUUCCAGGCCAAGUGUUUGGUCGAUUCCAUGAAGAGAUUGGGGGUCGACAAGUACUGCGUAGCGGGGAUUAGUUACGGCGGGUUUGUGGCGUAUAGAGUGGCGGAGAUGGCGGGGGAGGGGGCGGUGGAGAGGGUGGUGGUGAUGACGGCGGGGAUCGUCGCUGGUGAGGAGGAGAGGAGGGAGCUUGUCGAGAGAGAGGGGAGGGAUGUUUCGGAUGUUUUGUUGCCGAGGCGACCGGAGGAUCUGAUGGAGCUUAUUAGGCGGUCGAUGGUCCGGCCGCCGAGGUGGAUGCCGGAGUUCUUGCUCAUGGAUUUCAUCGAGGCAAGAAAUAAUGGAGUGUGUGAAACGAAGCGGAAAGUUCAGCAAGGAGUUGAAGAAGCUUCUGCAGUGUCAUAGCCAUUGUAAAUAAUUUAUGUAAAAGUUUGUAAACAAUUUAUGUAUCUCUCUACUAUUUUGGUGAAUGUAUUAUUUGAAUAUAAUGGGAUUUGAUAUUGUAAUGUAAUUAGAUUGUGUUGGAUAUGAAUAUAAUUUUUUGUUGUUCAAUAUUGUGUACAUGCACCC